ACUCCACAUCGUUAAUUCCUUUCCUAUAUAUGACUGGUAUUAUACACACACACACUCCACUUCCACAGCAAUUCACAAUUUCAUCCUAUUCUUAAAUCUUAACCUAGUUACCUAUACCUCGUAACUAAGUAACUACUACCUCCUAGCCUAACCUAAUAAUAAUAUUGGUAUAUAAUGGAUCAUGUGAGAAAUGAUCAACCUUCUACCUCUACAAACAAAGUUGAAAGAAGACUUGUGGAGAAAAACAGAAGAAAUCAGAUGAAGAUUCUCUACACCAAACUCAACUCUCUUCUCCCUAACUAUAACCCCAAGGAGUUAGUGUUGGCAUUACCGGACCAAGUGGAUGAAGCCAUAAACUACAUUAAGAGUUUAGAGGCAAAUGUGAAGAUGGCUGAGGAGAAGAAAGAGAGAUUGUUAAUGGAGAAGAAGAAAAGGUCGCGUGAAUGUUGUUUUGGUGUCCCAAAAUUGCCAUGUUUUGAAAUUCAUGAAUUUGGUUCUUCACUGCAAAUCGUUCUUACGUGUGGUUUAGAUAAUCAGUUCAUUUUCUAUGAAAUAAUUCGUGUGUUGCAUGAAGAGAAUGUAGAUGUCAAGAGUGUCAAUUCCUCGACUGUUAGAGAUAAUUCAUUCCUACAUGUCGUGCAUGCUGAGAUUCCUCAAACUUAUGUUCAAUUUGGAGCGACAAAAGUGAGUGAAAGAUUGAAAAGGUUUGUGAGUGGAUCAUCCAGUGAUGUGGAAAUACAGCCUCAUGAGUUAUGGGAUUUUGAAAUUGUAAAUGAUGUGUGGAGUUUGUAGAUAGAGUCAUGCAAUUACUAAGAGUUUCUAGUUAGCUAGUCAUCUUAUUAAUUGUCAAGGGUUUCUAGUAUAGCAAAUCAUCCUAUUGUUAACCAUUUAUAAUAAUUAAUAGAAGAAAAUUAUUUAU